AAACUAGGACAUUUAGGUGGGAUUUGGGGAAGGAAUUCCUCCCUGUGAGGGUGGUGAGACACUGGCACAGUGUAAAGAAAGAACUAGAGCUGGAUGUUCUGCCUUCCCAACCUGUUUUCCAAGUUUCUUUGGGAGAAAGGAUGAGGAAUGAGCUUGUGGUCGCCCGUUUCCUGUGUCAAAAAACCUUCCUGGAACAGUUAUCUGUGUUUGAUGUUUCUGAGCUGAUCCAAAGCCUUUGGAACCGCUUUUGUUGGAGCUGGGCUGUCCCAAAUCCAGGGCUGAGGGUCCCUGGGACAGUGAGGGGACUUGGUUGUCUGUUCCUGCUGCUCAUCCAGGCAGAAUCGUCAUAUUAUUUGGGAGAGAGGCCGUGCCUGGCUCGGUCCUGCUGCCACCAGCCCCAGAUCUGGGCUGGAAUCCCAAAUCCUUGGAGCUGGAGGAGCUGUGGGAGGAAAGGGGCAGCUUGGAAUGAGUGGCUGGAGCCGGAGAAGUGGCUCAUUCCAGAUUUAAUUGUGGAACCAGGUCAUUCAUCCCCUGGGAGGGGACAGGGAGCAGCCAGGAGCCACCAGCCUUGGGGACAGGAGGGUCCCCUUGGUGCCUGGAGCUCUGGGAUUCAGGUUGGACAUCCAGGCCAGGAGGGAACCCUUGGAGAGGGGGCAGAUCCUGAGGCAGAUUCCCAUGGCACUGGAAUGCCGUUGCCACCAGCAGCCCUGGGAUCCCCCCUUGAAAUCAGGGCUCCAAAUGAACACUUUGGGACCAAAUGCAGCACAAAUCCAUGGACAGAUUCCCAGUCCUGGGGAUCCCGUUCCCAGAUCACAGGGAAGGCUUUGUCUCCAAGGCUUGGAAUCCCUCUUGAAACUUUUUUUCCCUCUUCUUCCCGUUCUUUUAGAGAAGUGGGAGAGCAAAGGGAACAAAAAUUGGAACAGGGAGCUUGGAAAAUGGAUGUGAGGGGCUGCCAGCGGGGUCAGCUUUCCCUGGAUUUGGCAGGGCCGGGAUUGAUGGAUGUGGCCGGGGGGGCUUGGGGUCAUUUUCCUCAGCUGGAUUUCAGCACCCCAUGAAUCAACCCCUGGCAGGGGAACAGCUUGGGCUGGAGGGGAGUUCACCGGGCGCGUGGAGGGGGGUCAGGGAGCGGGAUCGUUAUCCCGGAAUUGAUUUAGGGAAGGGGCCUCCCGAGAAAUAAAUCACCGGGAUCCUGGAGCUGGGGGGAGGAAGGCACGGAAUGUUGUGGUGCCAAAGUGGAUCUGAGGACCCCCUGCUCAGGGAAUGGAACCCCCUGGGAGUGGGGGUGGGAUCUGGGAGCUUUUCCAUUGGAUGUCACCAGAGGGUUUAAUCCAAGGAGGAAGUGGAAGAUGUGGAGCAGCUCUGCUGGGAACUGGGGGGGGGGUCAUGGAGAAGGGAAGGCUCCAGGGAGCCCCUUCCAGGGCCUAAAGGGGCUCCAGGAGGGCUG